AUGUCGUUGCGGGGAAUCAAGAAGGCCAUCGUGCGAACACCCCAUAAGUUGCUCGGCAAGAAGUCAGUGGAAGACACGGACAUUGUCGACUGGGAGGCCGAUUUGAAGGCAGCUGAGACGGGAUUGGGGUUCAUCGCCUCGGAGACCAAAAAACUAGCCUCCAUCUGGGCCAAGAGCCUUGAAUGCCAGAGCGCCAUCAUAGAAACGUUCCUGCGGGUUAACGCGGGCGCUGUGCCGCAGCAGCAACGCGGCAAGUCGCACACGGAGGCGACGCACCACACCCAGAGGAUCAAAGACGUCGAGUUUGAGGAAUUGGACGUUGAGGUGGACGUUUCACCGUUGUUUCUAGAGCAACUAGCCGAAUACCGCACGCUCACUGUACAAUUGAAGCUGAACGUUGGCUAUCGCAACCACGAGGUGGAAACGUCGGUAAAGGCACAGUGCAUACAGAUGAAGGGCUAUCUCCAUGACUUGGGGAAGUUGCUUGCGAAACGCAAGCGGAAGAAGAUAGACAUGGACCGGUCCGUCAGCGGAAUCUACAAGCUCAAGCACAAGUCAGAGGCGUUGUCAGAACUGGAAAUCACGAAACUCGUGGACUUGGAGCGAAACCAUGCGGCUGCUGAGACAGCUUUCCGCGAGAUUGACGAGAAGAUGCACUUGGUAUUGCCGGAAGCGUUAAGUUUGCUUUCUGAGUUCUUGAACAAGAUGUCUAGCAAACUUUACGGGCACAACUUGUGGGUAUUCCGACAAAUUAACGAGGCUUUCAUGCGGUUUGGAGUGUACUACGGACUUGUGAAGAACGACCAGUUUGAAACGUACAACUACCAGGACAUUAUUCGUUUAUGGGAGUCGGCAAUCGUGAAGACGUACCAGAUCGACGCUUUGACGUUGUUGACGCAUGGAGAAACGCCGCUAGCGGUUGAAGAGGUGGAGAUUGACUCGGAAAACGAGACACAAGAAGAAGAGCACGGUAAUGCGGUUAUUCGGAAGCUAGAACACGCUGCGGGCACGGUUAAGCAGAAGGUGAAUCCGCUUCAUACUACCCAUGCUCCGAAACUCAAGGGAGGGAUUUUCGAGCUCGCGGCUGACCCGCUCGAGUCAUUCGUAAAGUUCAACGAUCCGGAAUUUCAGCAAGCUGACCUUGUGGCUCAUACUGUGAGCGUUUCUUCGCCUACAUCGCCCCAGAGGGGCUGGAGCCCGUUUAUAAAGAAUGCCCCGUUCUUGCCCUUUAGAAGCCGCAGUGGCAGUCUAAAUGACAAUUCCCAUUUGAGGGUAAGCACUGAUCUCCAUCUGAAGCCACAAGAUACACAUUCGUACACCCCGGUGAGCGGUUCGCCAUUAAAGUCUGACUAUGAUCCUGAGCAAGCGUUGACGGCGGUACCGAUAUCGCCCACUAGCGUUCUCUCCUCAGACACCGUGAAAAGUGCGGCGAUGAAAGCAGUAGAGGAUGGCUUGAGCUGGAUGUACAACGCGCACAAGUUCGAGGUGACUGAGUCGCCACUUGCAGUGCCGUUUCAGCGUUCGCGACUGAACACGUAUCCGUUGAUGGUGAAUCCAGCACUGGCGUCGUCGCUCGAGGAGUCGCGGCGCAUCAUCGGGGCCAGCUCAUUAACGUUUAAGUUGGAACACGGGGGGAAAAAGACGGAGGGGGUGGAUGACGAUGUGGACUCGUCGCACUCGUUUAAGUCGGCCGAGGAUUUUGAGUUUGCGGCAGUGGUCUCUCCGAUCAAAUAG